AUGCCGUUCAACAUACCUUAUCCGCCAUCCCAGGCUGGAUACUGGUCGCCUGUCACCUCGACGCUCAACUGGUGCGAAGAGGACUACUAUGCCACUCGAUAUGCCGCUGAAGUCGUGAAUGCCUUCACCAACGUCCUAUUUCUAUACCUGGGAGUGAAGGGCAUCCGGAGUUGCCGGAAGAAUGGGCAUGACGCCAUCUUUCAGGUCGCAUUCCUUGGAUAUCUCCUGGUGGGGUUAGGGAGUUUUCUAUUCCAUUCGACGCUGAAAUAUCCUAUGCAGCUCGUUGACGAGCUGUCAAUGAUUUACACGACAUGUCUCAUGUGCUAUGCCACCUUCUCCUUUUCCAGGUCCCGAUCCCAGUGUCUUAUACUCGGAGCUGGUCUCCUGGGAUUGUCGAUCUUCAUCACUCUCUACUAUCACUACCUCCAGGAUCCCGUCUUCCACCAAGUAGCAUAUGGAGUCCUUACUGCUAUCGUGAUAUUCCGAAGUAUGUGGGUGAUGGAAGUUACCCUACGCCCAUCUCUACAGCGAUCGCGCAACCGCGCCAAGUCAAACGUCUCGGGACAGAUCAUGACUACCAGUGGGGAGACAGUAAACGACAGGGACCUCAGGAUUCUAAACAGUAUGUGGGUAAUGGUUGCCUACGGUUUGUCGACUUUCCUUGGGGGUUUCUUUAUAUGGAAUUUGGACAAUACAUAUUGUUCAACACUGCGAAUUUGGCGCCGUGAAAUCGGACUUCCAUGGGGCAUCGUGCUGGAGGGACAUGGUUGGUGGCACCUACUCACAGGAAUCGGCGCCUACAUGUAUAUCAUCUGGGGAAUAUGGCUGCGCCAUUGUCUCCACGGCCAUCAGGAUGAAUACACGUUAGAUUGGCCCCGGUUCUAUAACGCCGCUGAUAUUGUCCGUGUCCAAGAUAUACCUAAGCUCACAGCUCCUGAAGGCUAUGCUGAGAAACUGAAUUGA